AUGUCGACUCCGACUACGGCUACAGCGACAUUACCUCCUCACUCGCACUACCACCAUCCUCAUUAUCCGUAUUCUCACCAGCCGUACCAGGCGUCAACCGCUACGGGCUCUUCGUACCGUCAGCCGGCGAACCCAAUCCUCCCCACUUCCUCCUCGACGGCGACGACGAGGUUGCCUCCUGCCUACACCAGCCAUUCCGGCGUCUCCUACACGACCUCCUCGUCUGCGAGUCACGCCGGCUCAAAUGGCCUAGGUCUGUCAGCCUCGUCUGCUACUUCGAGGAUCAACUACGACGCUUCGAGUCCCGACGCCAACUACUCGGUCACAGCAAUGCCUACCACACACGCCCAAUCCUCCCAGUCCUCCUCCGGUCGCAAACGAAGACGAUCCCAGGGACCCGACUGGAACAAGUUUUAUCAAAAUGGUCUGCCCAAAGAGGUGAUCGUCAUUGACGAUACCCCCGAACCGGAGCAGGGCAAGGCGACCGGCAACGGUGUAAGGGUCGUCUCUAACGGCAGCGUCAAUGGCAUCACCACCAACGGUGCAUCCAGCACACGUCCUGUUCCUAAGAAGCGAAAGCGAGACGACGAGCCCCAGCCGUACGAUCCUGUUUACCACAAUAAAUACGCUGGGUCUCACACAACCACUCCCCAUCACAACGGAACCCCGAGUGGCUCUACCAUUUCCACCGACCGGACGACGACCUCCGCCAUUCACACAACCGCUGCCACCUCCUUGUCCUCAAACGGCCAGGAGUACUACGACGCUCAACCAGGACAGAAGAGAAAGCGAACUCGACAGCAGAUUGCUCAAGAGGCAAAGAAGCGCGAGGUUGAGCUCUCGGACCCAUUUUCCAGUUACAAGCCUCCUCCCUACCCUCCCAAGAAGGCCCAGGAAGUGCACGUUAAGGUCGUGCAUGACCAUGCCUACAACAAAAAUGCAAAGGUCGACGACGACGACGGUCACUACAUCGUGGUUCCCGAUGCAGACCUGACCGACAGAUACCAAAUGGUGAAACUGCUCGGCCAGGGCACCUUCGGCAAGGUCGUGCAAGCCCGAGACAGAAAGAGGAACAAGGCUGUCGCCAUCAAGAUCAUUCGCUCAGUGCAAAAGUACCGAGAUGCUUCGCGCAUAGAACUCCGAGUCUUGGAAACACUGCGGCAAAAUGAUGGCGACAACCGCAAUCGUUGCAUCCACCUGAAGGAUUGCUUCGACUACCGCGGCCACAUCUGCAUCGUCAUGGAUCUGCUGGGACAGAGCGUCUUUGACUUCCUCAAGAGCAACAGCUUUGUGCCCUUCCCUAACAGUCAGAUCCAAAGCUUCGCUCGGCAGCUCUUUACCAGCGUUGCAUUCCUUCAUGAUCUCAACCUUAUUCACACCGACCUGAAGCCUGAGAACAUCCUUCUGUGUGACAGCGCUUAUCAGACAUUCACGUACAACCGAAAGAUACCAUCAUCAUCCCAGACUGUCAACCGCCAGGCCAACCAGCGAAGGGUGUUGCUCGACACUGAGAUUAGAUUGAUCGACUUCGGCUCAGCCACCUUCCAGGACGAAUACCACAGCUCGGUGGUCUCGACACGACAUUAUCGGGCGCCCGAGAUCAUCCUAGGCCUUGGGUGGUCGUUCCCCUGCGACAUCUGGAGCAUUGGCUGCAUCCUUGUGGAAUUCUUCACCGGCGACGCUCUCUUCCAGACGCACGAUAAUCUCGAGCAUCUGGCAAUGAUGGAGAUGGUUGUCGGCCACAGAAUCGACAGCAGCCUCGUCCAGGUGGUCAACAAGAUGGCUACCAGGAGUGGUGGAAAUCCUGCUUCCAAGUACUUCAAAAGACUCAAGCUCGACUACCCCACAGCAGAGACAACACGUGCAUCCAAGAGAUUUGUAAAGGCGAUGAAGCGUCUCGAGGACAUCAUCCCAUCGAACACUACUUACUUUAAGAACUUCUUGGAUCUUCUGCGGAAGAUCUUCGUCUACGAUCCCCAACACCGCAUUACCGCGAAGCAGGCGCUACAGCAUCCCUGGUUCAAGGAGCCAGCAACGCCGGACGAUGGCACCGAGGCUGCCAAGAUUCGACUGGAGCGGAUGAGAUCGGACGAUUCUCACAGGAUACACGCAUGA